GUAAGAGUACACACGGCGUGUACAUUAACGGCUAUCUUUUUUUGCGUGCAGGACAAAUCGACAAUUAUCUCUCGGUGGAUAUCGCCGGAGGCGACAACGCCACGUAACGACGACGACAACGACAAUGUCCGAACGGAGAUGCUCCCGGGAGGAUAUCGUCGCGUCUCGAUGAGGUGUCGAUGAAGGCCGCGAGUGGUAUGGAGAAGCAUCUGCGUCGCACGUCGUGCAACAGCUGUGUGCGAUAUCGCUCAGGAAGAUGUUGAGGGUGCCCGACGGCUCCUGACAACUCGCGACACGAGGCGCGACGGGGUUAGGCGAGGCGAGGCGAGGCGAGGCGCGGUCGCGAACGACGGGAUCAGCGGAGACUGGGUCCACCCUGGAAAAUGACUGUCGGUCGACGGCUGGUGCGCGUUCUCUGCGUGCUGCUCUGCCUGUCGUUGCGGCCGGAUUACGCGUAUUCCACUCAUAUCACCGGCACGUUCAACACGCGAGAGUUUUUCCGGUUCCUCAUCAAGUUCGGCUUCCAGAAGACCGACCGUCAUCGGCAAAAGGACUCGUAUGGUUAUAUUUUCGGCAAUGUGACCGCGAGAACGGACUUCGACGUGCCGAUCACCCUGGCGAUACUCGACCGUGGCCACUUCCUCGAGUAUUACGGCAAUCGUACGCUGAUGGAUAAGAGCGCAGCGUGCGCCUAUAUGUUUAACACUUUAAAGAAGAGUUCCUACGAUCCAGACUGCAACGAGGAGGGUCAAGACUUUCUGAGACGAGUCCCAUGUCCUCGAGACAAAUUAUGCCCAGAUGAGGAUUCUGUAUGGAAUAUCGUGAAGGGACAUCAGUUUACAUACGUUAUACAGGACUUCUGGCAACCACGAUUUUGGUAUAUGAGCUUGGUAGCAUGUUAUAGGAACAAAACAACUUGCCAAUGGGAAUAUUAUAGCAGACACGAUGAAUUGGAAUAUGACAUCUGGCUAGUAAACGGCAAUCCGAACGUCAGUGGCCUAAACAGUCUGACUUAUCAGUUCUCAUACGACAGACAGAAUACUAUCGAACUAUACUUGCUGUUUUUUGUGUGUUACAUCAUAUUGGUGCCACUGCAGUUGUAUGCAGUAAGAUUGCAAAAGCAUCCUGUAACAAGAUUGUUCACUGCAAGUUUAUUAUUAGAAUUUGUGGCAGUAUGUUUAAUCUUGAUACACGUGUUGAAAUUUGCACUAGACGGAGUAGGCUAUGAGCAAUUAGAAGUUGCAGGUGAUAUUUUUGAUAUUCUCUCACGGACGUCCUUUAUGUUAUUGUUACUCUUACUUGCCAAAGGAUGGGCGGUAACAAGAAUGGAAUUAACAUGGAAGCCACUGGUAUUUGCAAUAUGGUUUUGUUAUGGGGUUGUGCACAUUUUGUUAUAUGUAUGGAAUAUGACAGAAGUUGAUAUUAUUGAAGACAUAGAUGAAUAUCAAACUUGGCCAGGAUGGUUUAUAUUGUUAUUCCGAAGUGCCAUAAUGGUAUGGUUUCUAUAUGAACUUCGAAAUACCAUGACAUACGAGCAUAAUACUCAAAAAUUGAACUUUCUCCUUCACUUUGGUGCAUCGUCAUUAGUUUGGUUUAUAUAUUUACCCAUUAUAGCACUUAUAGCGCUUCAAAUAAGCGCACUAUGGAGGUUUAAGCUGUUGUUAGGUAUAACAUAUUCGGCAGACUGUUUUGCUUAUUGUGUAAUGGCUCAUUUAUUAUGGCCCACCAGAAGUGAACAAUAUUUUUUACUCGCGCAAGGCGCGGAUAAUGGUGAUGAACUUGAUGAAUUCAAUGAAGCGCCGCAUGUAUUAAAUAAUUAUGUAGAACCGCCGGAACUCGGUAAAAUAAUUACUUAAUAUUCGUCCAUUGCAAGUAUAAAUAUUAAAUUGAUGACAUUUUUAAUUACAAGUGAUGUGAUGUACAUUUGCCAAACGUCAAUCUAGUAGUACUCUAAUAUGUGCUACAGAACUGAAAUAUUGUGCACAUCCUAUAAUUAGGGAUAUAUCAAAUUUGUCAAAUCUGGCCAUGUGAUAUGAAAUUAAUAGAUACAACAGAAAUAAAUGAGUAUGAUAUGAGUAUAUGCUAUGAACAAACAUAAUUUAAUAUAUAAAUUAAUAAUCGGCAGUAUUAAAUCAGCAAUUUUAUAUCUAAAAGUC